AUGAACGUGAGAUUCCACCAGCCUUUCCAUCCACAUUCGGCGCCUUACCCAUUGGGAGAGGACGCUGCCGGCCAAUCUCCUCAAUAUUCCAGAUACUGCUGGAAUUGCAAGGAAUAUUGGUCAUCUCAGAUAGUUCCGGCUUCAUUUACUCCUGUACCUGUGCCUGCAUCUGGGUCCUGCAUUCAGUCAUUCCAACCCUAUUGUGUACUGCCUACAAAUCAAUCCUGGAUCACAGCAUCAUACAAUCAUCAACAAUCUUCAAGACCGCAGUUGAUUCAUAGCAACUGUCAGUCAGAUUAUUCCAAUUCCACUCCAAGACACAACUUUGUAAUAACCUCGCCAUCUCAACACCCCACGCUCCAAUCCUCACGUCAAAAUCAAGAACUUCAGCCGCCUCAGGGGGAAAUCAAUCAGCUGAACACUGGACCUCCAAGACGUGCUUCAUUUCUCUCUCGUACGUCGGGCCAAGCUGCAUCUGACCACCAGAUUUCCCACCGUCGCGUUUCUAGCUUCGUGAAUACAGCUGAAAUGGCGGGAAGACAUGACCACACGGCUCCAGGUACUGUAAUGGCAGCAAAUCUACAGUCGCCCGUUACCACAGACGGCUCGUUCUACGACUCCCUCAAUCAGCAGUCUCAGGGUUCAGGCCAGGAUCAACUGGGAACAAGUGGUUUUUGGGAUACUGGUGGAAAUCAACGCGUCAAUGGUGCUCCUCAAUCCCACUUCUCAAGAGAAGCGGCGCUUAAUUAUGGCUAUUUCCCCCUUGAUCACCAGCAGAUGUACUAUCAUGCGGCCCUGCAGGGCUCUGACCAUGCAAACGACGCGUUCCCCACCCUGGAGUCUCGCCAACAGGGACAUUUAGAGCAGAACGGCGAGACUCGGGGAAACAUCCACAACCAGGGAUCAUAUCACCCAAAUGCUUUUGGCCGCCACGAUUCCUUUGCAGGGUUUGACGCCGGUUCCUCUCUACCACCAGUAAACAACUCUUUUGCGCGACUUUCGGGUUCUUCUGUGAUAGCUCAGAACGAGAACCCCUUAAAUUCGUUUCCAUUCCCAUACCUUCCCGUCGAUUACUUUCAUUCGCAAUCUACCAUACAAAGCUCGAAUACCGAACCCUCAAGUACUAUACAUGGAAACCCUCAUUUGACUUCAACAUUUGCCUCCGACUUUCCCGCUGAAAAUCGAUUGAGUUUGUCCAUUCCACGGAGACGACCCUUUCACGGAUCGAUCCCAAGUCCUCCAAGUCUCACUGGCAGUAAUGGACUUAAUUCAAAUUCCAACAUAGGGAGCCGCCGACGUUCCCGGCGCAGCCAUGAUGGUGGGACUUCGCAGUCCGGAACCCCAAUGCGGGGCGACCCGAGACCAUCUCACAGGCAUAGCCAAAACCCUAAUUCUGCUCCAGGCAUGAUGGGAAACUCAAACGCAUCUCGCGAGCAGAGCUUUGUAAAUGCUCAAAUAGCUCGACUCAUAUACAGUGGCGCGCUUGUUCAUUAUCCCAACGACCCCGACAUCAGUUACUUUGGAAAUGAUUCAGAACGUACAAGACGAUUUCUCGACUCCCUGGCAAAUAAUGCCGAAGCGGCUUCUCCCAAGAAAGGACUCGAUAACCAAAACGAUGGUCGCCCCAAAGCUAAGGAAACAGAAGAGCUCACUGUUAAUAUGGAAUGCAAAGCUUGCUUGAGCCAACUUGUUGACACUGUAGUGCUUCCAUGCGGACACGCUGUUCUCUGUCGCUGGUGUGCAGAUCAACAUAUGCCGUCUAGUAGGGUAGAUAGAACAAAGCCUCGUGGAAGCGCAACAUGCCCCAUGUGCCGCAAACCAGUAAAGCAAAAGGUAGUGUAA